AAUCCAAUGAAUCACUUCAAUGGUGCUCUUUGAGCUCCGCUUCUCGCCAUCAAUGGCCACUGCUUCUUCUCCUCUCCUCCAUCGCUCUCCUCCUCCUCGGGCUCGCAUUCUCACCUCCUCCUUCCUCUCUUCGACCUCUUUGCCUCGGCUGAAGCUCUCGCCCUCGCCUUCCUUGCUUGUGGUUCGAUCUCGCUCUCGUUUUCCAACCAUCGUCGCCGCCCAAUCCAAUUGGCUUAGAGUCAUUCAAACUGUCUGGAAGGUCAGUAAAGAUGGCAUUGAAGCAGGAACCAAUCUCAUGCCAGACAUGGUUCCAAGGCCAAUUGCAAGAAUUGCUGUGGCUUUCAUCGGCGGAGCAAUUGUUCUUUUUGUGUUCAAGUCUUUCCUUUCCACUCUAUUUUUUGCUCUGGCUGUGAUGGGACUCGUAUACUUCGCCUUUAUAGCAAUGAACUCCGACGAGGUAUCGAAAGGAGCGGGAAGCACGGCAUCUAGCGAAGAUGAAACCUUGGAAGAAGCCCGGAGAAUUAUGGAGAAGUACAAGUAAAUUAACUUCAUCUAAAAAAAUUCUGCUUAUUUGCAUUUGCCAAUAUGGAGUUAAAAGAGCUGUGCAUAGCUUUUAAUUUGAUGUGAAAAACACUAGUUUGCGAUGAAUCGAUCAUAUUAAUUUGAUAUUCACUGCAAUUAGAGAUUUAUGGUUCAAAUUC